AUGGAGCCAGUCCCAUUUGAAUACAUGUCCUACUCUGUCCUGUUGGAGAAGAGUUUUAGUGACCAAUACGAGACCUAUGAGAUCAUUAGAGGUGGCAGCUACGGUGUGGUGGUGAAGGCCUAUCACCGCCUCUUAGAGAGAGUGGUGGCUGUGAAAAUGCUAGAGAAGGAAGGGAACCUGAGCUUGGUGGAAAACGAGGUGGACAUUGUCAAAAAUAUCCACCACCCCCAUGUGAUCAGGAUGUACCAGGUGAUCCAGGGAGAGAGAUAUGUCCACCUGGUGCUGGAACUGGCCACCAAUGGAGAUCUCCUGUCCUGGCUCACAGAAUUACGCCGCUGCCUCUAUGAGGACGAAGCCAGGAGGUUCCUGAAGCAGAUAGCCAGUGCUAUUGUGUACUUACACCAGAACAGAAUUGCACACCGUGACCUGAAGCCCGACAACAUCCUUCUGGAUGAAAAGGGCAAUGCCAAGGUCGGGGACCUGGGGCUAAGUGUCAGGAUUGCCCCGGGGCAGUUGCUCACAGAGAAGUGUGGCGCCUUCAUAUUCCGUGCCCCUGAGCUGUACCUGCAGGAGGAAUAUGACGGGUUCAAGGUGGACCUCUGGGGCCUGGGCACCAUCUUAUUCUUCAUGGUGACGGGGAAAUUCCCCUUUAAAAUGACCACAUACCAGCAGCUAAGUGCCCAGAUCAUAAAUGGCCUGUACGAGAUCCCGUUUUACCUGACCUCAAAAGGACUUAGCAUCCUAUUAAAGCUCUUAACUGUAGACCCCAAACAGAGGCCCGAUAUCCAGCAGAUUAUGGCACACCCCUGGUUUGACCGGGUGGAGGAGGGCUCCCUGUAUCCCCAUGAGCCACUGCCUGAUGACUUAGACCCCACCAUUACCACCGUCAUGUGCAUCAUGGGCUACCCCGAGCCUCAGAUCCGCCAGUCGGUCCUGCAGAGGGCUUUCGACGAAGUCAUGGCCAUCUACUGUAUGAUCAAAGAUGGUCUCAAGGGGGAGACGGUCAGCCCGGUGAAAAUCCAACCUGUGCCACUCUACCCCACCCACACCAACCUCUGUGCCUUCCCCCCACAGAGGAGAGCCAGUUUACCCGCCCAGCUCCAUUCUUUGCUCUUACCCUCUGAGCGGACCCCAACCUGCAUGGAUCCCCAGCCAGAGAGAGGCAAGAGCAGCUCCCUGCCCCCCCUGGCCCUGGCCUUGCUGCCUAGCACCAGCUCCGGCACCACCAGUACCCCCUCCCAGCCUGAUCCGGUGGGCGCCCCCGACUGCGGCUGCCGCCUCCCAACGAGGGAGGGCCUCGAGCAGCAGACCCCCAAGGAAACACCCGAACUCCAGCCUCAGGAAGAUCCUCAGGUGGAGAACAGGGCCCCCGGCGAGGUGAAGAGUGAGAGUCAGGGCUGCAAGGGGCCGGGAAUAGGGCCCAGGAGGUAUGCCUGGUAUGGAAGUGAAGAGCUGUCAGAGGAGGCCAUCCAGUUAGCGCGCCGCCACCAUCACGUGUUUUUCAGGGCCGGCUCCCCCAAGAUCCCAGGCUGCUCUUGCUUUAGGCGCCAGGGUAAAAAAUCCCAGGUAACCGGGCAGCCUCAGGAUGAUCCCAGAGACUCUAGUUCCCAAAGAGAGCUGGGCAGGACAGGGGUGUUUGGCAGGAUAGUUGCUGCCCUUCGCAGACUGUGCUGCUGUCUGCGGUGCCAAGGACAGAGCAGGGACUGA